AUGGAGCACUCAGUAGCGAAGAAGUCUCGACCGCGGCAGCCUGACCAACAAGGUGAGAUUUCUGCAAGCAAAGCUGGAAUCAACAACAGCUUGCACUGCACAUUUAAAAGUGUGACAAGCAAUUUCACAGCAUCUUUGAAGGCCAUAUUCAAGGGCAUUACUGAGAUAGAAUGCAUGAGUAAGUGCUCCGCGGAUAUGGAAUGCACCUUCCUGGACUACAAUCAGGAAACAUGCAGAACUUUCAAACAUGGUAAUGAAGUGCAGGAGCUAAACUCUGUCAACAAAGCUUUCGCAUAUUCCUUUGAUGAGAAUGAAUCAUCUUGUCCAACUAAAGUUGUAUCAAAACCUAAACCCACGAUUAAGACAAAGGUAUGCAACGACUAUGUCGUAACUUCGGAAAAUGAGAAAAUAAUCUUGACGAAGACGGAUCUGACUGAAGCACCGGAUAAGAUACGCAAAUACGACAUACCACAGUACUUAACCAGUGAGUCAAUCGGUUGCAAGGUAGCACACUUGAAAAGAUAUUUGACAGGCAAAAGCUGGCGUUACACCAUUAGCAAUGAUCCUGCUUGGGGCUCAGUUUGCGCUGAUUACCAUGAGAAAGCACCGUAUGCAGUUGCAGAAUACAAAUGCAAGGAAGAAGCCAGAUACGUUACUGUGAUUGACGACAAAGGUGGAAAAAACCUCGAGUUUUCUGACUUCGGUGAUCUAGAGCGUGUUGAAAGCACCCCCAUUUUCUAUGUAGAUGCUUGGUGGUCUUCGCUGUGAUGACUACAUCAGUUCCGCUUCUUCAGGAAUUCGCUGCAGCUUUUUGUAUUGUGCAUCUCUCUUGUGUUUGUCUAGUUAAACAGUUGUUGCUGUCCGAAUAAUUAGAUUCAUGCAACAGUAAUGAACAUUAGUCAAAUGAUCAAAGAAUUGUUAAUUUCGUA